AGUUUGUUUUCUUUUUCAGUAGUCUUGCUGAGUGCAUGGAGAGAGGUUGUCUUUUUUGCUCCUCGCUCUUCUCAGUUCUUUCAAACGCUCCCUCAAAGUGAACUGUCUCACAGGAGUAUCUACAUGAGAUGUAGAUAAUCGACGGUCUCAUCGCGUUAGCUAUCCUCGCGAUCAAUUUCUUUGAUGUUUAAACGUCUACUAAGCAUUAUUUUUUGUGAUGUUUUGUGUCUGAGCAAGUAUUGCGGUAGGUCGGGCGCAUCGAAGGAAAUGACUUCGUUACACUUGGAGGCUACCGACCCAGCGAACAUUCUUUCGCUCCUUCAGGAUCUUUCAGAUCUUCCCUGCAAUGACGUGCAGCAAAAGCUCAAUAAAUAUUUCCAACUGGCGACUGGAGCGAAGGUAUCGUUCCUGGCUCCAAUUUUAGUAGAGUCUGAAGAGAUGGUAAUCCAUGUUGUUGGAGAGAAGAUUCUUGAUCGUGAGCUAAGGUUCCCAGUAAGCCAAUCCAAUGUGCUGAAUCACGUGUUACAUCGUACAGUCAAGCAGCGCAAGUCACUGACUGCAAACGCCAUGGAUUUUGAUCAGGAACUACUGGCUCAUCUUCACUCAGUAAUAAAUCCAAUGCCGGAUUUAUUUUUGACCAUUCCGGUUCAACAUCCCAUUAAACAGCACAUCGCUCUAGUUGUUUGCUUGGUCGACUAUGCCAACGAGGACAAUGCCGAAUUUAUAUGCACGCAGAUCGUCCAAGAGUGCUUCAGGUACUGCCUUGGUCUUUUAUUAAGCACAUUACGAUGUCAAGAGGAAACACGGUUGAAGAUUCAAUGCCAAGAUCUACUUGCUGUUUCGCGAAAGCUUUUCACUCGUUUGGGAGACCUGUCCGAUCUCUUGCGUGAAAUUAUGGCAGAAGCUCGAAAGUUAACGCACGCCGAACGUUGUUCCUUAUUCUUACUGGAUCCGGAACAAGAGGACUUGGUAGCCAAGGUUUUCGAUGGAGUUUCCACUAGAGACUCUGUGAAGGAAAUGAGAAUUGCUCGUGGACAAGGUAUCGCAGGACAUGUCGCAACUUCCGGAAAAUUGCUUAACAUCCGAAACGCAUACGACCAUCCACUUUUUUAUCGUGGUAUAGACGAAGUGACUGGUUUCAAAACGAAGAACAUCCUUUGUUUUCCAAUUCGCGACGAGAACGGAAUAAUUGGCGUUGCUCAACUCUGUAAUAAAAUGAAUGGAUUGUACUUUGACGUAUGCGACGAGGAAGUGGCGACUGCUUUUAGCAUCUAUUGCGGCAUUUCCAUAAUGCACAGCAUCGUCUAUAAGAAGAUACAAGACGCGCAAGCUAGAAAUAAACUUAGCAAUGAACUCAUGAUGUACCACAUGAAGGUGGAGGCGGAAGCUGUUCAAACUUUAUUAAACUGUAGAGACGAUCACAAUAUUAAGGACUUUGAUCAGUUUCACUUCAGUCCACGGAAUGUACCUUACCGACAUAUGCCUUGUUAUAUACUUAAGAUGUUUGACGAAUUAGGAUUUAUUAGAUAUUAUCGAAUCAAAAGAACGACUCUCGCUAGAUUUAUCCUCUUCGUCAAGAAAGGUUACAGGGACGCUCCGUAUCACAAUUGGAUUCACGCGUUCUCCGUGGCGCACUUUGGAUACCUUAUGAUUAAAAACUUUAAUCUUGUCAAAGACGGCUACAUGACGCAAUUGCACGCUCUUGUUUUCCUCGUUUCCUGUCUCUGUCACGAUAUUGAUCACAGGGGAACAAAUAAUUCCUUUCAAACAAAAUGCGGCACUGUUCUCGCCAGUCUCUACAGCUCUGAAGGUUCUGUAAUGGAGAGGCACCAUCUGGCACAAUCAAUGUGUAUCCUGAACACAGAUGGCUGCAACAUUUUCGAGGGUCUCACUAGCGAGGAGUACAGCGAAGCUUUGGAUAUAUUGAGGAAUAAUAUAUUAUCCACGGAUUUGGCGUCUCAUUUUCGCGCUGCGGAAAAUCAACGUGAGAUGAUCGAUCAAGGUUAUGAUAAAAACGACCCGAAGCACCAGAAGCUUCUACAUGCAAUGUUGAUGACUUGUUGCGAUCUUAGUGAUCAGACGAAACACUGGAGAAUCACAAAAAAAACUGCCGAACAAAUAUACGACGAGUUCUUCUCUCAAGGUGACUUGGAAAAAAGUAUGGGUACAGCUCCCAUUGAAAUGAUGGACAGAGAGAGAGCAUCCAUUCCUGAUCUCCAAGUGCAAUUUAUAACGAAUCUUGUCUUACCUUUGUUUUCAAAUUUAGCUGCUUUGUUUCCUGCCGCACAGAUCCUUGUUGACGUGAUAAUGAAAAAUCGUGAAAUAUGGAAAAUGGCUAAGAAUGUAUUUCAAACGUACAGCGAAACAGGAGUAAAGUGCAUGGACAUCUUGCUUGACCCAAAUCUCGAAGACGAAAUACUCAACGGUUUUAAUCAACAAGAAAAUGUUCAUCAGGUUGAGAAUGGUGAUGAAUAAGGAAAGAAUGCAAAAAUUGAAAGCCGUCAUGCUCCAUGAAUUGCGUAUACCGAAUUUUGAAUUUAUCAGAUGGCCAUGUACGCAUCUAACGUAAGUAGAUUUUCGAUAGAAAAUUGACAACCGUUACAAUGCGUCAUGGAUAAAAUAAACAAGAAACUUUUAAUAACGGGAUAUCUAAUCGAAGAAACGUGUAUAUAUUAUUCGGGCUCAAUGACUUGAGUUUCAUAAUAUUUUUACUGAAUAGUUCAUAAGCUGGACAAAGUAAGACAAAUGUAAGUAUUAAUCUUUGCCAUCUGAUCAAACUGAUAUUUACAUACAAUCUGUUUUAUAAUGCAAAUAAACAGACAUGUCUUGAACUGCGUUUCGAAAGGCAUGUUUUAAAAAAGAGCGCAGGCGUUCUGUAAGUCGAGCUAUUCAUCAAUCAUACGAAAUAUUUGAACAAUCACUGAUCGAGUUGCACAUUCUCGAGGACGUUGCCAUGCGUAAUUAGAAUUUCACGAAUUUUAAUAAAUACGUAUAGGAACCUGAAAGUAGCUAUAGAAUGUUUGUGUACCUUACCAUUAAAGGCACUCUCUUGUAUUUUAUUUCAAUAUAUAGAACCUUAUAUUUCUAGGACGUAGACAUUCGACUAAUCAUUCCGUUACAAAAUCGAAAGUAUAUUCUGUUCAACCUUCCCGUUUUGAAAUUUGCUCAUACAUCAUGCAGAAAUAAAAUACUCUCCUUGGUAUGCAUUUCUGGCGAAUGAAUGAAACGGAAAUGAGAAUCGAUAUACAUUAUAAAUAGAUGAUGCAAAUUAGCGUUGAAUAUAACGAAAUAUUAGUUAUACAAAUAUAGAUGUAAUGAAAGAAGAAAAAUUAGAAAAUCAUCGAGAUGAGACCUCUAGAUAAGGUUAGAAUUUCGUGUCAGUAUUUUAGAGCCAAAUUGAACGUGACGAUAUGUUCCUAACGGGAUACUAGUAAUAAAUAACUAUUUGUACAAAAUAUUUACGUACAAGCAACUGUACCGUGGUUACACCUGCGUAAAAACUAAAGCAAUGCCCAAUAAUGAAAUUAGGAUACAAAAUUGCCAAAAAUUGAAUUAACAUGCACUGAACGACGUUACACAGCGGAGAGAAAAGGAAAACAAAUAUUUAAACAUGUUCAGUCUUCUUUAAUCUGGGAAAAAUGAAUAUCUCAAUCGUUCCGCCUUCUUCUCUACGUGGUAAUUAUUUAUUCGCGUCAAUGAGAGUAUUAACUUGUACUGCAUUUGCAAUAGUUGCUGAUUGCUUCGAUUUAAAGUGUGCAUUAAAGACAGCCUGUUACUAAUUUCUUUUCACGUGCAGUCGAAGAGCAUGCAUGGCAUUCUGAAAAUUGCAAUAGAAUCAAACAACAUUGAGUCAAAGUUCUAUCGCGUAAUACUAUAUUGGCGAUAAUGAAUAGUUAAGGCGUUGCUAGUAAUUUUGUAUAUAGCUCAAUAACCCUUAAUAAUCCGAUAGAAAUUUAUUUUUAGAGUGCUAUACUAAUAUAUAUGCGUAAUUCGUAGAAGUAAGUUAUCUGAUAAGGCGCCGUAGGUUAACAGUUUAGUAAAAAUGACGUUACGUAUAUUAAAAUUAAAACUUGCUUUCGUUUGGUUAAAAUCUACUGAAAUAGUUAACUAUGAAUUGCACUAAAAUUUUGAGAAUCAAGAUAUAUUAUUUUUAUCUAAUUAUCUACCUUUAAGAAGAGAUUUUUUAUUGUUUUGCCAUCUGUUAAUCGGCUAAACAUCACCAACUAUUAUCUUUUGGUAUACGUACUCCACAUAUAAUUAUAUUAAUUAUAAUACUAUGGUUAAUUGUCUAUUUCGUUGUUUGGAAUGAUAGUCAUUAUAUUGUGGGUAAAAGAUUUGCCUUAUAAAAAAAAAGAUAGUGAAUAAGCGGUGAUUCUCUGCUUGAGGUAAGAUUUAUAAGCGAUUAAUUAAUUUACAACAGUGAUUUAUACUUCAGAGUGUUUUAACUUUUAAAGGUUUAAUUGAAUCUGCCCCCCCUCCCCACCACCCAAAUAAAAAGAAAUGGUAUCUGACAACAGUGACCAAGCAUAUUAAUGCUUAGAAAUGCAGAUUUUAAUUAAUAACACUUCUAGUCAUUUGUAUGUUGAAUAUGAAGAGUGUGAUUUUACAGUGUG